GAGGCCGGUCUUUACGCUGUCGUCCAGUCCACAGGGACGCAAUAAUAUAAUAAUACAAUAACCGCAGGGAAGGUAAAACGACGCGGAAGGCAGAAAUAAUGACGUCAUUUAGCCACUGACGUAACGUCCGAAGGUAAAGGCUUGCUGUUUUUGCCAUCAUGUAGCCUUAUGCUUUGUCUGCACUGCUAUCUGAGAUUUGAUAAACUGAUCCAAGUCCGUGUGAAGCCUAAAGAACUGUAUACAGAUUCCUGACCAAGCUUUCGUGACUUUCGAGGCAUGAAUAAUUCGACCAUAAGCGACAGCAUGUCCCAUGAUUCUACGUUAUCCGGGCGUUACUGCAUGCAACGUUUGUCCCACAUGGCAACUCCUCCGCCUCCACUUGGAACUGCUCCUUUAGUCAGCCUCACCAUAGCACUAUCUUGCAUUCCUCUUAUAACAGUUGCGGGCAACUUGCUGACGAUCGUUGCUAUCGCAACGUACCCUAGACUGCACAUUCUGUCCAACGCUUACGUGGUGUCCCUGGCCGCGGCCGACAUAGGUGUUGCCAUGUUGGUGAUGCCCUUCGAGACCUACAAGAUGGCGACGAACAAGAAGUGGAUGCUGGGAAGACACGCGUGUCUGGUCAUGUACAGCUUCAGCGUGCUGUUCUGCUCAGCGUCCAUAUACAACCUCGUCUGCCUCACCGUCGACCGAUACCUGGCCAUCUGCAGACCGUUCACGCACGCCAUGAAGACUCCGAGGACGGUGGCGAUGCUGAUCGUCAUCAGCUGGAUGAUUCCCUUCUCGCUUUCCUUCCUGCCCAUCUUCCUAGGAUGGAACAUGAUCGGCAUUGAGGACAUCUUCAACUGUGUAAUGCUUCUCACCGAGAACAAGUCCUGCUUUCUGCUGAUCGGCAUCAAAUUUGCCUUUGUUGUUUCGUUCUUGGGAUUCUAUGUGCCGGUCCUUGUGAUGGUGUUUCUCAACUGGAGGAUAUAUAUGACCGCAACGAAAGUGCUGAGGCAGCUUCGGCUCUGCCGCAGCGCCAGCGACGAAAACAGGUACGUCAGCUCUAGAGAUACAAAAGCGGCCAAGACGGUCUGCAUCAUUCUGGGCUGCUUCGUCGGCUGCUGGUGUCCGUUCUUCAUCGUCCUCGUCGUCGACGCUGUGAUCGGCCACAGCCUCCCCUACAACGUGUGGACGGUGUCACUCUGGCUGGGCUACUUCAACUCGAUGAUGAAUCCGUUGCUCCUGUACGUGUUCAACAAGUCGUUCAGACACGGCUUCCAGAGACUGUUCCUCAGAUACGGAAUAAGCAAGUGCCUCAUCGAAGAGCCCGAACAUGUCAGCGCUUCCUCCGUGGUGACCAGAUAUUAAAGGCGGGUGGAAAAAAAAAUCGAGAGCAUCAGCGGCCGAGAGUCGUCUGCAUCCGAGGUAAUCUGUGACCAGAAUCCUCGGCUGGAUUGUAAGCAAACCACUGAGAGACUGUUGAGAUCAGACAAUUGUGAGACAAUUUGUGAGCAGAAGCUCGAACCAAUUUCCGCCAGUAUGGCCCGUGCUCAUAGACGAUUGUAGAGUCUAAAACUCAGAUCUUUAAUUGUUCGUAUUGCGUGUAACCGCCAAUUCGUGCCCGUCUUGAUAAGUUUCCAUACCCGUGCGCGUAUACCCACCCGUGAUGAUACAAUGACAUAAGUUAAUUUCAAAAGAACAUGGUAAGAACAACGAUCAGUUUAGGUCUCACUACACAGAUGUCAUUUGCCAUUGAAACCCAUGUUAACUUGCACAACUUCAAAUGAAGAUUGCCAAUAGAACGGGUUAUCGUUGGCACUAACAACAUACGCCAUUGCGAACAUACAUUAUAUCAGCAUUUAUUUUCACUCCAAAAUUGACAUUUCCGUCUUAGUUCUUUUGCAAUAUGACCGCAUCUGGCUGUAGUACCGGUCCGAACAGGUGGUUACUUAACUGAUUCACCCCAGCUGUCUCUUGCGCAAUACUACAAAAUAAUUUGGGCAAAAUACAGCCAGAAAACUUAAAAUUAAACAUACAUAUUGUUUUAAUUCUUCACCAUUUCCUAGAAGUGAAUAUGUGAACCAUAGAAUGGGCAAAAGUCCGCCCCCCCCCCCCCCCCCCCCCCACACACACACAAAAAUGGGAGUCCGUACGCCUAUGUUUCAUAGUUCCUUUUAUUUAUGGAUUCUUAAAUUGAUAAAGGCACGUGUUUCCAUGUUGAACGGUGAAUGUGAUUGUAAUAUGUUUAAUAGACCUUGCGGGGGUGGGUGUCAGUGACACAAGAAAGAAAGACGGACAGAGACAGAGACGUUUCUCCAUAACCAAAGAUGUUUUUCUCGUUCUCAGAUUAGUAUGCGCCAGUUUACUGAACUUGAAAUUGUAUCGAAAGUGUA